AUGGGCGACCUCCACGAGGCGAACGCCGUCCAACCACCUGAUGCUCCCUCGAUGUACGAGGAGGACUGCGAUGACGUACCUGAGCACAAUGAUGCAGCUUCUACCACGUCCACCGUGGCAUUCGACCAUGAAACCUUCGAAACCUUCAAGAAAAAGGUUCUUAAGCUAUGCCAGGACCUUUGGUCUCUGAAGGCCGACGCUUUCCAGAUCAUCCGCAUGGAGGGUGGUGGCUAUAACCGAGUGAUUGGCAUCACCACCACUCCGCCUGCGAAAGAACCUACUACGCUUCAGCGAUGGGUUAACCAAAUUCCGCCAAGCAUCAAGAUGUUUGACCUCUCGAGCAAUAACGCAAUCGGGGAGCGGUAUACCAUCCAACACCGCUUUCUAGGAAAACCAAUUCAGGAGGUCUACUCCGACAUGAACACGCAACAGCGUAUUUCCUUCGCCCGCGAGCUAGGCUCCGCACUUGCAGAGAUGAGCAAGCAUUCUACUCCGUUCCCCGGCACACUGGACCCGUAUACCGCUAGCCCAAGCAGGGAUGAACUUCGUAUCCUCCGCCUGCAAUGCCCGCCGCGAAACGCAUUCCACCCAGCGUCCACAGAGGAAAACAUCCCUUCGACGGCGCAAACCGUCUUCGAGUUCCUCAAGACGCAAUUUGCCCGUCAGCGUGAAUACGACCUCUCCUGCAACCGCGAGUACCUCAACCCCUGGUCCAAGCUAUGGCCGAUCAUCCAGGCCAUGAACACCAUGGGCCUCUUCACCGACAACAGCUACUACCUCACGCACAUGGACUUCGAGCCGCGCAACAUCCUCAUCCACAUCACCUCCCCUCAAACUGCUAAGCUUUCGGCAAUCAUGGACUGGGACGAGGCUGCAAAUGACACGCCGGCGGAUCCUGAGAAUCAGUUGGUGAAGAAGGAUUUUGAAGAGGUUGUGGGCGAGACGUAUUUGAAGUAUUCGUAUACGCUUGAGUAUCGGUUGGCCCGUACGAUUUGCCGGCUUGCUAUUAUGGGUGUUCAUUCUAGCGAUGACUAUGCUGCGAUUGAGGCGGUUAUUGAGGAGUGGAAUGAACGCUAUCCUGGGGCCGCCGUGAAGGGCCUGUACGAUUUCGACGACGAUGAGGAAGAUGAGUAG